GCGUAGCGAGUGCUCCCACAGCACUUGGACUCACUCGUCUCACUUGGAAAUUUGCAGUGAUUUGAAGGCUGUCUCACGAAACAGAGACGGGACGGGUCUGUCCAUUUACAACAGAAGCGCUUCAGAACUGAGAAAGCAUUUCUAAACUGGGUUAUCUGUAGAAGGAAGCUAUCAGCCACGUCUGUCGUGAUUCUCUCCACGCUGUUUGAGGAUUUUAUAUCAAUACAGUGGUCAGAUAUUGGUUCCCCCCUCACACCUGUGCUGAAGUACCCAUGGUGACUAGCUGAGCAAGACCUGGACCUGUCAGUCACCAUCAGACCACCAGCCCUCUACAUCUCAGCAGGACCUCCCACGGCCAACUGAGAAAGACCCAUCAUGCCUCAGCAACAUGGAUCAACCAAUCAGCGAACUGGCCCAGUGGACCCUGUGAGAAGGAAGCUCUGAGUCUGACCUCUGAAGCUCUCUUUGCCCCUAAUCUCCCCUCCACCCCUCCCUCCCUGACCGUCUACCUGUCCACGGCCCCUUCUCCUGGACCCGGUCUGCACUUGCACACAAAAGAGCCAAGAUCGCAGACACGCACGCAGCCGAAAGGAACACUCCAUUUCCGAGCUUGGCUCAUUUCGCAGGUUGAGUCACGAUGCACGGGACUCUUGUGUGCUUGGUUGAAAUGGGGGUCUGCAUGCUGUUGGUGCUCAGGGUUCAAGCGGGCCAGAACCCGGACCACGUCCUGCACGGUACAGGGAUGAAGGCGGACUCUGCUCGCUCGGGGGACGGCAGCACGGUGGCGCCGGAGGACGCUGAACGCUUCCUCAGCUGCUACUGCUCAGGACACUGCCCUGAAGAUGCCAAGAACAACACCUGCAUGACGAACGGCCAGUGCUUCGCCAUUAUCGAGGAGGACGAGCACGGCGAAGUGUUCCUGACCUCAGGCUGCAUGAAGUUCGAAGGCUCCCACUUUCAGUGCAAGGACUCUCCCAGGGCGCAGACAAGGAGGACCAUUGAGUGCUGCCAGAAAGACUUCUGUAACCGAGACCUCCAGCCCACCCUCCCCCCUCCGCCAGACCCAGUGUGUCAUUUGUGUGGUCUGCCAGAGAACCCUCACUGGCUGGCCUUCAUGAUCUCCAUGACGGUCUGCUGCUGCACGCUCAUCUGUAUCACAGUGGUGUGUUACUACAGAUACAAAUGGCAGACAGAACGUCAGAGAUACCACCGGGACUUGGAGCAGGAUGAGGCCUUCAUCCCGGUGGGAGAAUCUCUCAAAGACCUCAUCAACCAGUCGCAGACCUCUGGCAGUGGCUCUGGGCUCCCUCUGCUGGUCCAGCGCACCAUCGCCAAGCAAAUCCAAACAGUGCGUCUGAUCGGGAAGGGUCGCUACGGGGAGGUGUGGCUGGGACGCUGGCGGGGAGAGAAGGUUGCGGUCAAGGUCUUCUUCACCCGCGAGGAGGCCAGCUGGUUCCGAGAGACCGAGAUCUACCAGACGGUUCUCAUGAGGCACGAGAACAUACUGGGCUUCAUUGCGGCGGACAUCAACGGCACGGGCGCCUCCACCCAGCUGUACCUGAUCACGGACUACCACGAGAACGGCUCGCUGUGUGACUACCUCAAGUUCACCACGCUGGACACGGCAGCGCUGCUGCGUCUGGCCUACUCGGCCGCCUGCGGCCUCUGCCACCUGCACACCGAGAUCUACGGGACGCAGGGCAAGCCGGCCAUCGCCCACCGUGACCUCAAGAGCAAGAACAUACUCAUCAAGAAGAACGGAACCUGCUGCAUCGCCGACCUCGGCCUGGCCGUCAAGUUCAAUAGUGACACCAAUGAGGUGGACGUCCCCCUGAACACGCGCGUGGGCACGCGGCGGUACAUGGCGCCCGAGGUCUUGGACGAGACCAUGAACAAGAACCACUUCCAGGCGUACAUCAUGGCCGACAUCUACAGCUACGGCCUGGUGGUGUGGGAGAUGGCACGGCGCUGUGUCACUGGAGGAAUAGCUGAGGAGUACCAGCUGCCAUACUACGAGAUGGUGCCGUCAGACCCAUCCUAUGAGGACAUGCUGGAGGUGGUGUGUGUCAAAGGCCUGCGGCCGACUGUGUCCAACCGCUGGAACAGCGACGAGGUGAGGGGCACUGCCGGAGACUCUUCACACCUCGAGGAUUUUCACGCUCACACAGUGCUGGCUUUGUCUUGCCGCCUCGGUCUUUGUCUCUCUCUCUCUCCCUCUGUCUCUCCCUCUGUCUCUCCCUCUCUGUCUCUCUCUCUGUCUUGCGUGGUAACUGUGUGACCUUUUGAAACAGUCCUCACCUGUUCUUUUCCACUGGAGGGGAACACGUACUGAAUCACA